GUCAUUUUGAGACAUCUGGGUGUGGGAAAACUUUGAUAGAUACGCUCACAGAGAAGCCCCUUUCGUCUUCCUAGCUCCUGAAAUUUUUCCUUCAAUUUGUUGGCGGAAUUAACGGCGGUUUUUCGGUGGUGGUGCCACUGGUGUUUCCGGCGACAUGACAUGAAGUCUAAAGCGUCGCCGAUCCAGUGUUCCACCUCAUUCGCCGCGUUUUUUCCUUCUUCGAUCUCUGCAUCCCGCAGCUUGCUUUCAACGAUUUCAUCUUCUUUGUAACUCGUGUUAUUUAGCUUCAUGUCGGCUCUGCUUUUGGUUUUCGUCGGAGAUAGUACCAAAAUGCUACAAGAUCGCACAUUUUGAUUGUUUUUUCGCUUUCUUAUUCCAAGGGAAGUUGUAGUUGAUGUGAUUGAUAGAAAUGUCUUUGAAGAGCAUUGUUCGUGAGCUGAGGGAGAUGAAAGAUGGUAUAGGGAAUAUAUCAAGGAGGGGAACAGAAAGAAAGCAUUGGAGCAACAGAACCCGGUCACAUAUAGUCCCUGAUGUGGCCCUUUCUGAUCAAAUUGAACAAGGGCAAUGGGCAAAUUUACCACCGGAACUUCUUUUUGAUAUCAUCCGUAGGGUUGAAGAGAGUGAGGCAUCAUGGCCUGCUCGAUCCGCCCUUCUCUUUUGUGCAUCUGUUUGCAAAUCGUGGAGGGAAAUUACCAAGGAGAUUGUUAAGACUCCUGAGGAAUGUGGUAGGCUUACCUUUCCCAUUUCACUGAAACAGCCGGGUCCCCGUGAAUCCCCAAUCCAGUGCUUUAUUAAACGGGACAGAGCUAAUUCAGUUUAUCGUCUCUACUUUGGCAUGACUCCAUCUGAGGAUGAGAGGGAUAAACUAUUGUUGUCUGCCAAAAAAAUCAGAAGGGCAACAAACACAGACUUUGUGAUAUCAUUUGUUGCAGAUGAUUUUUCUCGAGCUAGCAAUAUGUAUGCCGGUAAAUUGAGGUCUAACUUUCUUGGGACCAAGUUCUCCAUACAUGAUAGCCAACCUCCAAGUGAUGCAGCCAUUCAACAAUCUGGUCGUCUCAGUCGGAGAUUUCAUGCAAAACAAGUUUCUCCAAGAGUUCCUGCGUGCAACUAUAGAGUAGCUACCAUUUCGUAUGAACUCAAUGUUCUUCGUACAAGAGGACCUAGGAGAAUGCAUUCUGCCAUGCACUCUAUCCCCUUGUCUUCAAUCCAGGAGGGUGGCAGUGCUCCAACACCUAAAUCAUUCCCACAAUCUUUUGAUGAGAAGUCAUUUUCUGCACCACUUGCAAUAGCAAAGGAGUCAGCUAUGGAUAUCAGCUCCUCUGGCAUUUCAAGGUCAGCAGUAACGGCGACUUCUCAAGAGAUACUUGUGCUAAAAAACAAGGCUCCUAGGUGGCAUGAACAAUUGCAGUGUUGGUGCUUAAAUUUUAAAGGCCGUGUUACAGUUGCUUCUGUGAAAAAUUUUCAGCUAGUGGCAGCAGUUGAUCCAUCUCACAAUAUACCAGUCGCAGAACAAGAAAAAGUAAUUUUACAGUUUGGAAAAAUUGGGAAAGACAUCUUCACCAUGGACUACCGCUAUCCACUUUCUGCUUUCCAAGCUUUUGCAAUCUGCUUGAGCAGCUUUGACACGAAACCAGCCUGUGAAUGAUUUCGUGCAGAUUGCAAAUCAAGAUAAGCUCCCUUUCUUCUCUUUUGUUGCUUAGUAAUGUUCCAAAUUCAUGUAGAGUCCCUGAGAAAGUUCUCAAUGCAUGGCCCUCUGUAUAAAUGAGAAUAUUCGUUGUGCCCUGUGCCAGUUUCUCCAAUAGCAUUCUCAUGUUUACUGUUUCCUUGUACUAAUAUUAUCCUUAAUCUUUUAAAUUUGUUAAUUCAGCUUUUUGCCACGUAAAUUGAGUAAA